GUCCCCACGCUUACCGUCCCGUCCUGUCACCCAUCUGUCAAGCGCGAUAAAAUGCAAAAUGGCCACGUUUGAUUUGAACGAGGGCAAUUUUCCUAAACCAACUGAUAUAACUGACAGAACAGAAUGGGUGCCGCUUUCCCUAACCCUGGUCGAGUACCCCAAAGUUUACUAACAUUUCCAGGUGACUUCAUCGGUAAAAUCCUCGCUUUGAUCAGUCUGGCCCCCUUUGGAAUCGGGGCUGGCUUCGUGGCGUUAAUCCUUUUUCGCCGCGACUUGCACACGAUAACGUUUUUUCUCGGUACGUUGUGCUCCGAAGCCCUCAACUAUUUCCUCAAGCACACGAUCUGCGAGGAGAGACCCAUGCGGAGGACGGACUUGUACGGGGAGUACGGCAUGCCGUCGUCGCAUGCCCAGUUCGUGUGGUUUUUCGCCACAUAUGUCAUUUAUUUCGUGUUUAUUAGGCUCCACCACAUGAACAAUAACACGAUUAUUGAGAACAUGUCGAAGAUUUUGAUCAUAUCGUCGUCGCUGGUGAUGGCGCUGUUGGUCUGCGUUAGCCGCAUUUAUUUGCAGUACCACACGGUCUCGCAGGUGCUGUGUGGGGCGUUCGUGGGGGUUUUAUUUGCAACUUUUUGGUUUGCGCUCACUUAUCUCGUGUUCACGCCGCUGUUUCCGCAAAUAGUGACCUGGAAAAUAUCAGAAAUUUUAUUGUUGAGAGACACGACGUUGAUACCGAACGUCUUGUGGUUCGAAUAUACAAAUACUCGGCAAGAAGUUAGGGCGAGGAGUAGGAAAUUGGUCAGUAUGAAGUCCCAAUGACAUCUACUGGAAGACGGUUUCCGGUUUGCAUUCCCGCACCGUUUGGUCCGAUAUUUGAAAAUAUAUUGGCCCCGAAAACGGUAAUCGUAGACCAAAAACCGUUCAAAAGGUAAAACAAUCAAUAGUUAUUUUUAUAUAAGCGGCUUUUUGUAAAAACCAGAGUUGUCAAUUGGUGGCACAUUACAUCAUCAUUUCAUGUGACUAUAUGUUAAUGUAGAAUCGAUGUUUUUCGGGGAAUGUAAUCUACUCGAAAAAAUGAUAAAUGUGUAACUUUUUCUACUAUCGCAAUACUUUGCUCGUCUCGUUGUUUUAGGGGCUUUUGUUGAUAUUAGGGCAAUUUUUAUUCUCACCUUUGACCUACGUUGUAGGCCACGUGACUGAUACCAGAUAAUUAACGUUCAUGAUAAUAAGACUACAUGACAAACACCACGGCAGUUAGAUAUUUAGUGACCUAAAAUAGUUGAAUUGGUAGCUUUCUUGUUGACAUUGUUGUUUUUAUUUGUUUAAUUAAUUCCAUAGGAUUUAAGUUGUUUCGCUUGCAUUUAUUAGACACAAAAUUUUGUUUCUGGCGACAAUACUCAAAAACAAGAACUGCCAACCGUUCGGUCAUGUUGGCAGCCUUGCAGCUAACCCGGCGCAUCCACCAUUUUUGCUGCGAUCUUUAUGUGGAAAACAUGUUUUUCGCCAUAAAAUAACGGAAUUUUUUGCGAUUAAUAUCAAAUUCACUAUUACUGGGCAAAGACCACUUUUUCGUUCGUUGGUCAGCAAUCGUAAUAAUGUACUUAAUAACCAUUUGACUGAUUUAUUAAAUAGUUAAUAGGUGAUUUAUAGAGUAGCUAAAUCUAGCAGUGAAACAGUUGCAAGCAUUCCAGGCUUGCUAAUAAGGGAGUGAUUUUUGAUGAGGUAAUUCCCCUAAAAGUGCUUUAAUUAGAGGAUAUUCGUGUAAUUGUUGACAAGAAUCCGAUUUGGUUAUUGUUGACGACUUUUCCAGUGCAAUAUUAAGAUUUUUUAUUUUUUCUGAUUUUAUUGUGUAUUACUCAAGGUUCAGGGUAAAAAUUCAAAAAGAUCGGUUUAGAAUCAAAUAAGAAAACGCACAAAUGUACAGUUUUUGGACCUCUUUUGUGUCAUUGUUUUAUUGUUUGUAUGUUUAUAAAUAAGCAGUAGAUUAAAUUAAAUAAAUGUAAAUUUUACUACCAAAUUAAAUUAACAAACCGAAAA